UUUUCAAGCAGCAAGGCAGCUUUCGUUUCCUUGUUUAUCCUGCCUCUUCAUAUGCUGCAGUGCCCAUCUCUCAAUGUACCAGCUUCUCCAAACAGGAUACAAACCAAACACGUGCGAGAAAACUGUUUUUAUUUAUUAGGCUUAGGCUCAAAUUUGACCUGACAUCAAAGACAUUUGUAUGUAUGUGAGAACGCAAGGUAACAGAGGACUUCAUUGGUUGUUUGGACUGAGAGGUUAAAUAGAACCAGUCUCUUACACGCCUAGUUUUCUCAGUAUCCCACACAAACCUACCUGCACUAACUAGAAAGUCCAGUUUCUCAAGCAAGUCCUGGAGUCAACAUGGACCUGGACAGUAAACAGCUGGUAGUGGUGGUACCAAAUGAAGUGCUGGUGCCCUCUCGCAGAGUGUACAGCAGUGAGGACGAGGCAUGGAGGAGCUACCUGGAGAACCCCCUGACUGCUGCCACUAAGGCCAUGAUGAGCAUCAACGGAGAUGAAGACAGUGCAUCAGCACUAGCACUGCUGUAUGACUACUACAAGGUUCCCAUAGAGAGGAGACGUGCCUCCAGCGGUGUUAAACCCCCAGAACCCUCUGCUGUUGGGCCAGAUAACUGCGGCAGCUUGGACUCACUAGAUCACCAUCUUCAUGCUCUCAGAUCCAUGCCUGUCAACCUCUCUCUAAACAACAACACCACUACAGAACACCAGGGCUCCAAGUAUGGAGCUACCUGCCCCUCAGGAGACACUAGAGGAGAUGAUGGUAAAGGUGGAGGUGGGGCGGCUCUGGCUCUGGUGAAGACAGAGGGUCAGACAUCCAUGGGAGCUUCCUGCUUUGGAGGUUCCAACCGAGAAGAACCCAGAGAGCAGAUAAGGAUGGUUUACGAGCAGAGCCACUAUGAUUUGUCCCGUGCUGGGUACUUGAAAGAUGUAGAGAGAAGCACUCCAGAUAGCACAUUUGAGGACGCAGUGGAAGGAGAGAUGUAUCACAGAAGUCCCUCCUCAGCCGUUGAUGAAUUCAACUACAGCCUAUCAAUGGACAGCUUUCAGUACUGUCUGGAGGCCAGCAUGUCGCUGCGGCCACGGCAGGGAGAAGGACCGAUGGUGUACAUGAACCGGGGCCAGUUCUACGCGUUGACACUGUCGAAAGCCGGCUUCAAAUCGCCCCUACGUCAGCCCAGAGGCAAAGUGCGGGUGAGUGGGCCGAUGCCGUCACACAGGCCUGAUGGGGGCCCAUCCAGUAAUGAGCAAAGCACCAUGGGAGGCUCUGAGCUGCAGCGGGACAGUAUUGUACAGAGUGUUAUCAUGGUUGUCUUUGGAGAAGACAAGUGCAGAGACGAGCAGCUGAAGAAUUGGAAAUACUGGCACUCCCGCCAGCACACUGCCAAACAGAGAGUCCUGGACAUUGCCGACUACAAGGAGAGCUUCAGCACGAUUGGGAAUGUGGAGGAAAUUGCCUUCAACGCAGUCUCUUUCACAUGGGAUGUCAGUGAAGAAGCUAAGGUCUUUAUCUCUGUGAACUGUCUAAGCACAGACUUCUCCUCGCAGAAGGGCGUGAAGGGGAUGCCGCUGAUCAUCCAGAUCGACACCUACAGUUACAACAGCUGCAGCAGCAGGCCUAUCCACAGGUCCUUCGCUCAGAUCAAGGUCUUCUGUGACAAGGGCGCUGAGAGGAAGCUACGUGAUGAGGAGAAGAAGCAGCUCAGGAAGAAGAUGAAGGGUAAAAAUGGCAAUUCAGGGCAGACCGCACCCUUUAAGAGGGCUGAUAACACGCUGUUCAAAAGCAUGAUGGACCUGGACUCCCAGCCUGUCCUCUUCAUUCCUGACGUCCACUUUGGAAACCUGCAGAGAGCCGGGCAGGUGUUUGCUUUCAAAACUGAAGAGGACGACAGAGAUGGUGUUCUGAUGAAAAGGACGUCAUGUGUUGCUGAGGAAGAUGUCUGCCCACCUCAGCACAAGAAGUCCAAAGUGGAUCUGGAAAAGAAAGUUCUGCUGUAUGUGAGGAAGGAGUGUGAUGAAGUGUUCGAUGCCUUAAUGCUGCACACCCCAACCCUAAAAGCGUUGAUGGAGGCCAUCUCAGAGAAAUAUGCAGUGCCUGUUGACAAGGUGGCCAAAGUUUACCAAAAAAGCAAAAAAGGGGUCCUGGUGAACAUGGAUGACAACAUGAUCCAGCACUACUCCAACGAGGACACCUUCAUCCUGUCUAUCGAGAGCUCAGCAGAAUCCUUACGCGUCACAUUGUCAGAAAUCGGAUAGUUGUUAGCCACCAGUCGUCAUAUCGUCCGGCAGCGGUGAUCCAGGCUGGUGGCGCUUCAGACAGGUCGUGUGUAGUAAAUGUGAACAUUGCUAGCAGUAUUAGAUCACACAAAUGUGCAUAAGAGUCUCUGUUUGUUCUCCUACAUGGAUCAUUGGCUAAACUCCAUCCACCAGACACAAUGCACAUCCACCUGCAGCACCUGUUUACUACAUCACCUGCUGUAGGAGCAGUUCUUACAUUAGGAACGCAGGCUUAACUUUGAAAACAGACAGAAGUGCCCAGAUCUGUGGUUUAGGGAGGAGAAUGUUUGAUAUUUCCUGUCUUACUACCUGUGCAAGUCUUGACCACCUGAUUAACCUUUCAGUACUUGGUGCUUCAGGAGAGAGGUGUUUAUUCAGGUCACCACUAAGCACACAGCCAACAUGUUGGGGUUCCUCAGGAAGAAGACGGCACAGUAUACCGUCUAUAGUCUUAUUGGAUUAACAGCAGCGACUGCUGUUUCCUUCCUCUGUGCCUUCUGCCACCCUGUUAUCUCUUCUAGUGGUGGAAGCUUUUAAAUGACUCACGUCUCAUCUAUGCAACAUCUUUUGCCGGCACUUAACCGUUCAUGGUAAUGGCUUAUUGUUCUGUAUGUAUAUAAUUAUCUUUUAGAUGCAUCUCAAAGAGUUGUCAUGUCAUGAUUCAAAGUGAACUCACUCUAAUCUUUUGUGGUUGUCUGUCUUUUUUUUAUUGAUUGGUCUUACUUUCACUGUUUCCCAUCGGUGCAAGUGGAAUAACACUUUUGGCAGACAGUGAUUACAUGCUGGUGUCUCAGCGUCUCUAAUCGCAUGAGGCUCCAUUAUGGAACAAGACAGUGAGUCUCCAGGAUGCUGUUAAACUGUUUUGCUUCCUCUGUUCAUGUGUUUAUUGUUUUUCCUCUUGCUGAGGAGACUGUAGUCAUUAGUGUUCAUGACAUUAGUUGGUGGCUUGAGAGACCCAACUGCUCUAUUCAUUGACACAAUCCUUUUCUGAGGCUACUGCAAAGCAUCAGAGCUUAACAGUGUAAUCGCUCUGUCCCCACUCACUGCCUGUGUUUACACCUGACUCACUGACUGCUUCAGUAUCCUUCAUUUGCUUUAUGCACCAUAAUGUACAGUCUUUUAAAUUAGUCAAUAAAUAUAGUUUUAUAUGCAG